UGCCACAGUCAUUAAUACUGGGCUGUAAGAAGUGGUAGUGUUCAGUGGGUGGAGACAGCAGUCACAACAAACUAUCCUGUUGUUAUCUGCAUUAUCUUAGUGAGGUCACACACAAGCUGGAUGUGAGUCUGGCCUGUGGAGGAUUACCUGUUUGCACUCGGAAGCUGCUGCUUUGUCAGGCUAUACACAUUAACUUUUCGUAUCGCCGCAGUUAUGUUUUUGAUGACAGUGUAAUGUAACUUGUGUGAGAAGUUCCCUGCUUUAUCCAGCACCCUGUAGAAUGUGGAUGCCGAGCAGUGGAAACUGUGCGUUGUUCUUCCCCUCGGACCCCCUGAAGAUAGUGAGGGCCUCUGGCCAGUAUAUGUACGAUGAGUCGGGGAAACAGUACCUGGACUGCAUCAACAAUGUCUGCCAUGUUGGCCAUUGUAACCCGAAGGUGGUGGAGGCUGGAGCCAAUCAGAUGAAGGUUCUCAACACUAACUCCCGCUUUCUGCAUGAUAACAUCGUCAUGCUCGCUAAGCGCAUCACAAGCACGUUACCCAAGGGUCUGUCAGUUGUCUACUUCACCAACUCGGGGUCUGAGGCCAAUGACCUUGCAUUGCAACUGUCGCGAUACCACACGAAGGCCAAGGAAAUCAUAGCCUUGGAACGAGCGUACCAUGGUCAUGUGAUCUCCCUCAUGAGCCUCAGCACCUACAAGAUGGACCAGUUGCAAGAUGGAGCGAGCAUGAUCCCCGACUUUGUGCAUGUGGCGUCCUGUCCAGACACAUUCCGAGGGAAGUACCGAGACUGUGACUACAGCAUGGAGGAGCUGGGGCAGAAGUAUGCAGACGACAUCAAGGACAUCAUUGACGACAUCCACAAAGAUGGCAAGAAUGUCAGCUGCUAUUUGGCGGAGUCCAUACAGAGUUGUGGUGGCCAGGUCAUAUACCCUCCAGGAUACCUCAAGAAAGUCUUUCAGUAUGUUCGGGAGGCUGGAGGGGUGUGUAUUGCAGACGAGGUUCAGGUGGGCUUCGGUCGUGCAGGCUCCCACUUCUGGGCGUUCGAGACACAAGAUGUCGUUCCUGAUAUUGUGACGAUGGGAAAACCGAUGGGUAACGGCCACCCCAUUGCUGCAGUGGUCACUACGCCUGAAAUUGCAGCCAGCUUUAUGUCAGCAGGAGUGGAAUACUUCAACACAUUUGCUGGUAACCCAGUUUCCUGUGCAAUCUCACUGGCCGUACUAGAUGUUAUCCAGGAAGACAAGCUUCAGGAAAAUGCAGUCAAGGUUGGAGGUUAUUACCUGGACAAGCUCAAGAAAAUGAAACCAUGCUACAACAUCAUUGGCGAUGUCAGGGGAGUGGGCAUGUUUGUUGGGAUCGACCUGGUGAAGGACCACAAAACAAGAGAAGCGGCCACGAAGGAGGCAGAAUAUGCCAUUACAAGGUUGAAGGAGAAAGGCAUCCUGUACAGCCGGGAUGGGCCAGAUAGAAACGUCCUCAAGUUUAAGCCGCCCAUGUGUUUCACCACGGAGGAUGUAGACAACCUCUGUACUGCUCUCUCAGAGGUGUUCGAGGAGAUGGAGAAGGGCCUCCACGUCACCAACUCCUCCAACAACGCUGAUGGGGAGGAGGAGGCACGCCCGGUGAAGCGCAUGUGUGUGGAAGUCAAUCGCUCAGAUUCAGACUCGGGUGUUGAGAGAUGUUCACCUCAUACAGCCAAAGUGCAUUAAUUCCAGGAGAGAAGAACACAAGAUGAUGUGCAGCUAUGCAAAUGUUCUGCAGUAUGUCGCAGAAUUCAUUUCAAUAGCUGGUAAAGCAGGGCCAUGUUCACAAAGCUGUCUUAGUGUGUGUGUUAAACUAGGACAACUGUCUACUACUGAUACACGGUGUAGGAUCCUGCUGCGGAAACAGGCUCUGGAUCACCAAAGAUACACAAGCCAAAGUGUCUGUGGGGAGUCCUCAGAAGUUGCUUUAAAUAAAUUGAUGAGACCCUGCACCAAGUCUAGAUGUACAGCUAAUCCUAUUGGUGCAGAUGCCCAUUUUCCAAGUAAUAAUAGUUGACACCCUCUAUACAGUAAUGCCCUGUUAGUACAGACCCCUGAUUUCCAUGUGAUUACAGUUGAGACCCUCUAUAAAGUUAUAGCUUGUUAUUCUGGACCCCAACCACUAUUCAAUGAUACCCCGUUUUUCUAGCAAGGAAAUAAUUUUUGUCACCACAAUUACAGUUUGGAAGGUCUGUUUACAAAGUGACAUAAUUCUUUUGCCAUGAUGCAUAUUUCUGAAAAUUUGUUCUCUGAGCAUUUUGACUGGAAACAGUCUACUAACAGGGCUUGCUGUCCACAGACCCAUGUGAAUAUGUUAGACUGCCAAAAACGCUCCACACUUAGAUGAAAACUUACGUCUGAAUAUUAUAUAAUACACAUGUUAUUGAUUGAUAGACUUGACGUGUUGACUAUUAAUUUUGAAUGACAUAUACUUUGCAGUGUGCACCAAAGUGUGUCAAUAUUAUAUCUAAUUGUAUUUUGUAUUACUUUACCUUUGGACUAGGUCCCGACUUGUACUGAGAAUGUUAUUCAAAGUCACCAUAGGAUUUUAUAUAUAUAUACAGCCCCUCAAGUUUUAUCCCUUGCAGUGUUUUAUUGUUGACAAACAAUGACAAUAAGUUGUUUAGUUUUUUUUCUUAUAUGAGAUAUCAACAUUAUGUACAGCCUCUUAUUCCUGCGAAUAUCCUACCUCUAUUACAUCAUAGCCACAAAUUCCCAUUUUGGCAAUAAUCACACUAUAAAAUCUUUAGAUUUUUCGACAGACGUCCUCUUCACUGCCAAUUAUCCCAUAGUCUUGAGGUAAACCCUAUCCCUUGUCAAAC